GGCCCGCGCCUCCUUCCAGAACCUCCGAGGCCCCAGUCGACCGCCGCCGAAGCGAGAGAAAUGGGAGUCCCUCCGCGGCGCCCCCGGAGCGGCUGUCUUCGCUGGGGAAGCGGCAGUGUCUUCGAGGAAACCGGAAAUCCCAUGGUGACCCCUUGGCGACCCGGUUUGUUUUCCGUCCGUUUCCACACAUUGGAGAAUCGAAACUCGGCGGCCCUGGGGGCGGCCUCACGGAGCCCGUCGUCGGGCUGUCAUGGAUGCGCUGGUGGAAGAUGAUAUCUGCAUUCUGAAUCAUGAAAAAGCCCAGAGGAGAGAUACUGUGACUCCGGUCUCAAUAUAUUCCGGAGAUGAAUCUGUCGCUUCCCAUUUUGCCCUGGUCACUGCAUAUGAAGACAUCAAGAAACGACUUAAGGAUUCAGAAAAAGAGAACUCUUUCUUAAAAAAACGAAUAAGAAUUUUGGAAGAAAAGCUUAUCGGGGCUCGAAAGGAUGAAGAAGCCAGUUCUGUGGGACGAGAACAAGUCAAUAAGGCCUACCAUGCGUAUCGAGAGGUUUGCAUUGACAGGGACAAUUUGAAGAGCAAGUUGGAUAAAAUGAAUAAAGACAACUCUGAAUCUUUGAAAGUAUUGAAUGAACAGCUACAAUCUAAAGAAGUAGAGCUCCUCCAGCUAAGGACAGAGGUGGAAACUCAGCAGGUGAUAAGGAAUUUAAAUCCACCUUCGUCAGACUGGGAGGUGGAGAAGUUGAGCCGUGACCUGAAGAUCCAUGGUUUGGAGCAAGAGCUGGAGCUGAUGAGGAGAGAGUGUAGAGACCUCAGACUAGAGCUGCAGAAAGCCAGACAAACGGACCCAUCUCAGGAAGACAGUCCGAAGAGUGGAGAUGUCCAGAGACUGAGCGUCUCCAGCGCUAACAUGCAAAGCGCAUACUGGGACCUGAAGAGAGAGAUGUCUAAUUUACAUCUGGUGACGCAAGUGCAGGCUGAGCUGCUCAGAAAGCUGAAAAGCCCCGCCGCAGCCAGGAAAGCCUGUGCCAGGGCAGGACGUGCGGAAGACGGCACGGACCUGCCCCUGCCGCCGCUGACCGCAGCGCACGCCAGACCACCGCUGCGCUCCCCGGACGGCAGGCCGCUGUGUCCCGCCGCUCCCUCCCCUCUGCCGGGAGAGGCCAGGGCUUUAUCAGAGCGGGCCGUCCUCCAGUCCUGGACAGACAACGAACACUCCAUUCCUCACGACAGCACGCACUUUCAGGAACACAGUUCUUACGGCAGGAAUUCUCUGGAAGACAACUCUUGGGUGUUCCCGAGCCCUCCCAAGUCAAGUGAGACAGCGUUUGGGGAAACUAGAAAUAAAACUUUGCCUUUACCCAGCCUGCCACCACUGCAUUACUUGGACCAACGUAAUCAAAACUGCCAUUAUAAUAAUUGAUUUCUGAGGCGACUCCUGGUUUGGUCACGAGGUUGCUGUACCUCCCUCAGUGGCUUUGGGAAAUCAUUAACAGACUGAAGGCAGAUCUUUGAUGACACCCGCAGAGUUGCUCAGUCUGUGCGUUUGCACACGGCGUACCAUGUCGCGUGGUCGACUUCUUGGUGGGAAGGAGCGCGUGCCGGCUCACGCUGUGGUUGAGAGGCUCCUGCCGGGUGAAGUGAUAAACUUCCGGGGUUUCCACGUGACACCUCUGCCUUGGAUGAUACAAAUUUCUGCCUCUCACAUGAAUAGAAUUGAAAGUUUUCAGGCAUGGUUUUACAAAGCAUAUGAAAUGCCUAAAUACCCAUUCAUAAAAAUAAAGGAGACCAUUAGAUCAGAGAAAUAUCGUAAGUUGCUGUAAGUUGCACUAAGGAGUAAAUGGCAGUGUGAGCUGGUUAUAUUUUAAUACUGCGUAUUAUAGUGGAACAGCAGUAUCUGGCAUAUUCCAUCCACAUGUGCUCCUGCGUCUCAGACUUUAACAUUUAAAAUCAUUCUUUAAUCACAGUGUUGAUAAAACUGAAAAUUACAGCUUGGACUUUUAAGACUUGAAAUAACCUGCUGAUUGAAGUCCCGCUUUGUCCCAGUACAUCACUCAAAUCCUAGUUGAAAAAAAGUUGCAAAAAAACUAGUUGAAAAACCACGUGGCAUGUGAACAAGUGAUUACAGUCCUCCACAUUAUCCAGUUAGACGUAGGAACAGCAUCGCAAAGGUUUCCGUCUGACCCCGUCCCUUGCGGUGUUCUGUAAUGAAAACCUAAAUGUGUGUGUGACUGUGUGAUGUCUACACCCACUUGUUACAUAGAGCCGCUUAGAAACUGGCCAGCUCUGUUCUCAAAUAAAAUGGUUUACUUACUGAGAAAGUGAUUUUUAAGAAGCUGAAUUAGGAACUUCAAUUCUAGAAACCAAAUUCUGUGCUGUAUUGAUACAUGACAUAGUACAGUCACGAAAUGUCCCCAGAAUGUUCUGAUUCUAGUGGGCCUGCCUGUCAUUUAUAAACAAGCAAAGAAAUACCAAGGAUGACUUCACAAGGCAAUUUCUCUGUGUUCUUUCAGGGUGGUGGUAUUAAGAAUAUUAGUAACACGUUGCUGUAAACCUUUUGCUUGAGAGAAAGUGUUUCACGUAAAAGGCCUUUAUCCUUUCUGAUAGACAGUUUCAAACACCCUGAACUCAAUAUUUCAAGUCUUUUCUGUAUUAACUGAAUAGCAUACACAUAUAAACAGUGUUCACCAUUCACCGGGUAUUUUUGUCUUUCUAUUAUCUUACUUAUUCAAGCUCGUCUGUGAUUAAUGGAGUUGGUGUCAGAUGCUGGAAUUUAUUCUGACCAAUGAACACAGCUAACUCAAGGGAGUACAAUCUCCUGCCAAGUAAUAGAACAAAACCCAAUAUGCAUAAAACAAAUACCAGGCUCCAGGCUUUAGCGGAAGGAAGCAACUACCUGUGUAAUAACAAAGCAGCAGCAACCGUAUCUCAUGUGGCUGGACAGGCUGUAUAUUCUAAUCCUAACGUAGCUUACUGGUCUGCCUUUUUAAAAACCAAGAUUGGAAAUUUUCCUGGUAAAGAUAUUAAGUCGGGUGACACAAUGGCUUGAUUAAUGUUUUGAACAAUGCCAAGACAUUGUUUAAUGAGAAUAAAUUAUUUUUGUUUGACACUGAAGUGGAUGUGAAAUACUGUCCUUGCCUCUGUAUUCCAAGGUCACAUGCUAAUUAUUAGUUGUUAAUUUCAUCCAUGUAGCAGACAUUUGUCUUGCUAAACCAACUUUUGAAUGGAGACAGUGCUUUUGCAUCUAAACAGCAGGGUAGCUGUGAAACAGGAAUGUUGGAAAAUCAGUGAGUCCCUGACAGUUUAAAGUGCUAAAGAAAUGACCAAAAGCUCUUGAGGAACGAUUAACCAAGUCACUUUCCCCAGUCACAAAGUUUUAAAUGUACACUCAAGAUCAUGCCUGUUAUUGGUAAGACUCAGAAGAAUGGCCGUCUGUGGCUUCCUGUCUAUUUAAAAUGGAAAACUUUGUUGACUUUUUUCACAUUAGCUGAAACUUGCUCCAGAUUGCUUUAAUCCUCAGAUUUUUAUAAGGAAAACCCAAUUCAGCACAUCCGUAACUCAGCAGAAUGAAGAGAACACAGGUAACAAAAAAGGCCUCUGGAUCCCCCGUUAGCUAAAAUAAGUUUCAUCUUCUCUGAAAGGAAACCGAGGUUCUGCUGAAACAGAACCUAGCGUCAGAGCGGAGCAGCGAUGCACCCGUGUGAAGUGCAAGGAAACCAAGACAGUGGGGAAACUCGGACCUAACGCACUAAGGGCGGACGCUCGUGGGAAAAAAGCCACGGUCUUCUCCAGGAAAGCUCUGGAGGAGGUGGAAAGCAGACUGUCACUUGGAGGCGGGCUCAGGAGUGGACGGUGAAGAGCAAUGAGUGAACUUACACCCUGUAGCCUGGGCUGCCCAGCACCUCUCGGGGAGAGAUGUCCACAGAAACGAAUUUUCCAUAUAAAUGGAAGCUGGCCCCUCUGAUGCUAAUUAAAAUCACAAAAUAGCCUCA